AUGUCGCCACACAAGCAUGAUGCUAGUCUGAAGGCCCUUGACCUGUCUCACCAUUUGAACACCAGGUCAAAGGGCAGACAUCGCAGCCCACUUAAAGAUAUCCUUCGUUUCAUGACUGUGAAUGACAUGGUCAGCUUAGCAGGAGGUCUUCCUCACCCGUCCCUAUUCCCAAUUUACAGUGCCACUGUCUUCAUUUCAAAUCCUUCCAAGACGGGGGAAAUGAAAUUGAGUCUGUCAAAUGAACUGACUGACAAUCCACUUUCAAGAUUUUUGCAGUACGGGUUACGCCAAUGGUGUGAGGAAUUCACCAGAAAGGUUCACAAGCCGCUUUACGACGACUUUGAAACUCUACUUCAUACCGGAAACACUAACGCUUGGAGCAAGGUAGUUGGCCUUCUUUGCGAAGAAGGCGACUACAUUCUUUGUGAGAGCCAUAUCUACCCUUCGGCUCAGGCGUAUUGGAUUUCUCAGGGAAACCUCGCAGCGCCUGUCGGCCUUGACGAGGAGGGCAUUCGAGACGAUGCGCUUGAGGAGAUCCUUGAAAAUUGGGAGGCCACUCACCCUGGGGUCAAUCGACCCCACGUCCUCUACCUUGUCAGUGUAGGAUCGAAUCCUACCGGAGUGACCAUGGGUACUGAGCGGCGUCAAAAAAUUUACGAGAUUUGUGUCAAAUUUGAUGUCAUCAUCGUAGAGGAUGAUCCCUAUUUCUUCUUGCAGUACCCUGAGUACAAUCUGGGUGAAAAUGUCGAGGGUCAAGUCAUUUCUAAUGACAAGUUCCUUGCUUCUAUGGUGCCAUCCUUCCUCAGGUUCGACUACCAAGGCCGAGUCAUUCGUCUUGAAUCCUUUAGCAAAACCCUCGCUCCUGGCCUGAGACUGGGAUACUUCGUUGCGAAUUCCAUCUUCACGGAACGACUUCUUCGAGCUAGCGAGGUGGAAACUCAAGACCCAUCUGGUAUGUCUCAGGCCUUGGUUUACGGCCUUGUGCACCAGUGGGGUACAGAUGGCUACCUCAUCUGGCUCCAAAACUUACGAAUCGAGUACCAGACCCGCCGUGAUUGGAUCAUCAAGGCAUUCGCGCAGCAAUUCACGCUGAAGCCAGCGGCUGAGGUUCCUGCGAUCAGCACCUCCCAGGGCAUGGUGGCUCUUAUUGAAUCAGUCCCAAUUUUUUCCUUUGUUCCCCCGACCGGUGGAAUGUUCAUAUGGACGGCCUUUUAUUUGGGUCAAAAUCCGAAUUCCAACAAGAUUCGGCUUGACAGCACGAUUGAAGAUCCGGAACAGUUGUUUGGUCAUACCCUUUGGGAGACCCGUGUGGAAGAGUUGGUCUUGCUCACUCCAGGAUCUUACUAUUACCCGUGGCAAGGUAAAGAUAAAGUUAGCACCAAAGCUAGAGGAACGGAACCCGAAAUCGUCAACUUCAGAUUCUCUUUCUCUAUGGCUACUAUGGAGGCAAUGGAAUUGGGAAUCUCUCGCCUUGCAAAGGUGGUAAAAUCUUCGUGGGAAUUAGAAUAG